UUUGGCGGCGGCGCGCAGUUUCCCCCUCUUCCGCCUACACCCCCUGCGCCUCCGAGUGUCGUCUCAUUCCUUUCCCUUUACCGGAUUCGAUUGCCUCACUGCGUGUGUGUGCACGAGUUCGCCAGGAACAACUGUGCCUCCCCUCUGCGCCUGUCUUUGUUAGGGUUUCUCGGGUGGUUUCUGGAGGAAGGUGGGGGCGGUGGGAGUGAGAGCGACGACGUGGGCUUGUUUGCUAGUUGCUCAGUGUUUGUGCGGGCUGCGAGGGAGAAGGUUUCCUGGAUGUGCUUUGGGGAGGCAGCAGGAACAGAUGCCGGCCGGAUCUCACAACUACCGUAGCUGAGGCUUUUGUUUAUUUUGAGGCAUAUGCAAUUAAAAAAAAAAAAUACUCGGUGCGAGAUAACUAGUGAGGCGCUUUGAGAAUCCAGGCGGGUCUGAGAACCAUCGCCCGCGGAGGAAGCAUCGUUUUCGUGAGUACUGACAGCCUGCCUUUUCUCUCUUCUUGGCUUUGCACCCCACUCCCCGCCCCAAAGUAUGGACUGAUAGAAAAGUUGGAAGAUUUCUGUUCUGUCUUCAUGUUGCGGAAGCUCUCAGCGGCUAGAUCACAGAAUGCCCUUAUUUCAGAACGAACAUCUUUUGCGCUCAAUGCCAGUCGUGGAUAACGUACCCACACCUCAGGAACACCAGGAGAAAACUGUUCCUGGCCCAGGUGCUGAUUUUGGAUUAUGUUCUAGAACAUCAAGAGUAGUGAUUUCUACUUGUCAGGACUGCAAACUCAGAAGCUGCAGAGAAUCCUAUGUAAAUAAACUGUGAUCUCUUUUGCUGCCCUUUUACAUUAGGAGACCCCUUUAUUUCACCACAUCCGAGGAGUAUAUAUAUAACUAGCACAGUCAUUAUGAAUGUGACAAGUUUGUUUUCCUUCACAAGUCCAGCUGUGAAGAGACUUCUCGGGUGGAAACAGGGUGACGAAGAAGAAAAAUGGGCAGAGAAGGCUGUUGAUGCGCUGGUGAAAAAACUGAAGAAGAAGAAGGGUGCCAUGGAGGAGCUGGAGAAGGCCCUGAGCUGUCCGGGGCAGCCCAGUAACUGUGUCACCAUCCCCCGCUCUCUGGACGGCAGGCUGCAGGUCUCCCACCGGAAGGGACUGCCUCACGUCAUUUACUGCCGCGUGUGGCGCUGGCCUGAUCUUCAGAGCCACCAUGAACUGAAGCCACUGGAAUGCUGUGAGUUCCCUUUUGGCUCCAAGCAGAAGGAAGUCUGCAUCAAUCCCUACCACUAUAAGCGAGUAGAAAGCCCCGUUCUUCCUCCAGUGCUGGUUCCGAGACACAGCGAAUAUAACCCUCAGCACAGCCUCCUAGCUCAGUUCCGGAACCUGGGACAGAAUGAGCCUCACAUGCCACUCAACGCCACUUUUCCAGAUUCUUUCCAGCAGCCCAACAGCCACCCGUUCCCUCAUUCUCCCAACAGCAGUUACCCGAACUCUCCCGGAAGCAGCAGCAGCACCUAUCCUCACUCUCCCACCAGCUCAGACCCGGGCAGCCCUUUCCAGAUGCCAGCUGAUACUCCCCCACCUGCCUACUUGCCUCCCGAGGACCCCAUGACCCAGGAUGGCUCUCAACCAAUGGACACAAAUAUGAUGGCGCCUUCCCUGCCCUCAGAAAUCAACAGAGGAGAUGUUCAGGCAGUUGCUUAUGAGGAACCAAAACACUGGUGCUCUAUUGUCUACUAUGAGCUCAACAAUCGAGUAGGUGAAGCGUUCCAUGCCUCCUCCACAAGUGUGUUGGUGGAUGGUUUCACUGAUCCUUCCAACAAUAAGAACCGUUUCUGCCUUGGGCUGCUCUCCAAUGUUAACCGGAAUUCCACUAUUGAAAACACCAGGCGGCAUAUUGGAAAAGGAGUGCAUCUUUACUAUGUUGGAGGGGAGGUGUAUGCCGAAUGCCUCAGUGACAGUAGCAUCUUCGUGCAAAGUCGGAACUGCAACUACCAUCAUGGAUUUCACCCCACGACUGUUUGCAAGAUCCCUAGUGGGUGUAGCUUGAAAAUUUUUAACAACCAAGAAUUUGCUCAGUUGUUGGCACAGUCUGUGAACCAUGGUUUCGAGACCGUCUACGAGCUCACAAAAAUGUGUACUAUACGCAUGAGCUUUGUGAAGGGCUGGGGAGCAGAAUACCACCGCCAGGAUGUUACUAGCACCCCCUGCUGGAUUGAGAUACAUCUGCACGGUCCCCUCCAGUGGCUGGAUAAAGUUCUCACCCAGAUGGGUUCACCUCAUAAUCCUAUUUCAUCAGUGUCUUAAAUGGCCUCAGGCUUCUGCCUCUUGAAAACUAUUGAGCCUUGCAUGUACUUGAAGGAUGGAUGAGUCAGACCCAAUGGAGAGCUGACAAAGGAGCCUUGAUAAUACUUGACCUCUGUGACCAACUGUUGGAUUCAGAAAUUUGAAAACCCUUGGUAACAUACUAUUGAUAUCAAGAACCUGUCUAGUUUACAUUGUAACAUUCUCUUGUAAAAUCAACUAAAAUGCAGACUUUUAGCAGGACUCUGUGUAUAGUUAAAGAAGAGAUGGCCAAGCCAGGGACAAAUUAUCUAUUAGAAAAAAUGGUCCUAAGAGAUUCUUUUGUGUUUGGCACUUUAGGGUCAUCGUUUGGCAGAAGUUUAGCAUUAAUGGUUAGUCUUUCUGAAGUGUGUUUUUAUCAGGUUUAGAGCCCAUGUUGAAUCUUCUUUUCAUGGGUUUUCAUAAUUUUUAAAACUAUUUGUUUAGUAAUGGUUUUUGUUUGUUUUUAAGUAAAGAUUAAUCUUUAUGAUAUACAUAGUAAUCUUUCUAAAAUUGUAUGCUGACCAUACUGCUGUCAGAAUAAUGUUAGGCAUAUGCUCUUUGCUAAAUAUGUAUGUACAGAAUAUUUGAAAGUUAAGAAUUGAUUAGACUAGUGAAUUUAGGAGUAUUUGAGGGGGUGGGGGGAGGGGGGAAAUGACAAUUGCAAAUGUAGAAUAUACUGUAAAAAUUCAGUUUGUCGCCUUAAAGAAACGAACUGAUGUCUGAAUUUUGCUGUGUUUCAAUUUUUUAGAGAUUUUUAUCUUCUUUUUUUUUUUUUCUUUCUUCUCUCCAUCCUUUCCCAAAAAAGCAGUUAUGCAGCUGGUUAAUUCAUAUAACUGUGAGAGCAAAUGAAUAAUUCCUGCUAUUCUGAAAUCGACUGCCUAUGUAUUUCAAUACCAAUUGUAUGGAGUGCUUGAAUUUAUUAAGCAGUUUUUAUGGAGUUUACAGUACAGAAACAGGCUUUAAUUUUCAAAUGAAUUAUUUGCCAAACCUAGUAACUGUUAAAUAUUUGGAGGAUUUAAAGAACAUCCCUGUUUAAAUCCAUUUCAAACUUUUUUAAUUUUUUUGUACUACGUUUGGUUUUAUUUUCUUCUGUUAUCUUUUAUAUUCACUUAUGCUCUCGUACAUUGAGUACUUUUAUUCCAAAACUAGUGGGUUUUCUCUACUGGAAAUUUUAAAUAAACCUGUCAUUAUUGCUUA